UAGAGUAGCCGCUCGCGGCUUUCUCCCCUUCCAUGGGGAAAGGGAAAAAGGGAAAAGGAGAAAAGCCUCGCUCCUUCAUAAAACCACAGCGAGCCAUCCUCCUCCUCCAAACCCUUCUUCUCGAGCUUUCUCUUCUUCCUCCUCCAAACCCUUCUCCCCGUCCUUCCUCCAAAGCCGCCCUACUCGCAUCCCACUCCGGCUAAUCGGUCACAAUGGAUUCUGGGCAAGGAUCCGGCGUUCCUCGUGGAAUCGAAGAAAUCCCCGAUUCGAUCGGCCACCCGUAUGGCGAACGGGAUGCCUUACCCCGUAAGCUCCGGAUUGGAGAAGAUGUGCCAAGCCCUGUAUCGGCACUGCCGGGCUCUGUUGUGCCGAUUGCAAAAUUUCAAUUUAAGUGGGUUAUUCCAGAAAUUGCCAUAUUCGAUGGCACUGACAGGACUCAUAUGAAGGAUAUUGGCAUCCUAAAGGAUGGAUUCCCUUUGAUGGAUGAAUUCGCUUGGUUGAAUAAGCCCUUGUUCAUGGAUGGCGGAGAAAUCAAAAGUGUAUCUGCUAUGCGUGGCAAUGUCAUGUCACUCACCAUGCCACCAACACCGAUUACUGGGAGAUCAUCUGCUAACUCAGUGGAGGAUCUUAAUCUUCAUCUAGAUUCAGGGGCAAGCAAACACAUGGUUUGCAAUGCUUCAAUGCUGAUUAACCACCGUGCCCCGCCUGCUGGGACCGAUCAGUUCAUGGCUGCAGAUGGGUCGCUUAUGCAUGUUGCUGGUUAUGGUGACAUAGAAAUGGAGAAUUUCAGAAUUCUGGAUGUAUACUUGGUCCAGGGACUCACUGUCAAUCUUAUCAGCGUGGGGCAGCUUGCCACUAACCACAAGGUCUCCGCUUGCUUUACUGGGAACGAAUGCAACCUGAAGCUAUCUGACGGGAGGCGGAUUGGGGGCGCCAUCCGACGUGAUGACAACCAAUACAUUCUGAGGUUUCUUGAGAUCGAGUGAGGCCCAGCAUGUUUGUCCCAAAUAAGCAAUCCGAAGCAGCAUUCUGCUUAAUGCUAUGACGGAUAUGCAAAGUAUCUAGUGGACUUGUUUCUUCAUUUGUGGGGACCAUGGUGACUACGUUGAGCCGGAAUUUUCUAGCGUAUGCCUUAAUUAUCCAAUGCGUGGUUUACCAUUUUAUCGUUGCUGUUGCAGCAUCGUUUGUUUAGCCACCACCCCUGAUUUUUAUUUGCUGCGGCGGUUAGAUGUACCUGCAUGAGUCCAAAGCAGGACUUUGUUAUCA